AUGACCGAUCUAAACGAUACAAUCCAUUUAAAUUGUACUAUGCGUUAUUUAUUAAAUGAAUCCAAUAUUGAUCCAAUUUCAAUUUAUGAUCGUUAUCCACAAUGUGAAUUACAAAGAAAAUUUAUGCCAAUUUUUUUAUAUAUUGUAAGAAUAUUUAUGUUAAUCUGGUUAAUUAGUGGUAUUUUCGGUAAUUCUUUAUCAUUUUUAAUAUGGAUCUCGAAACAACAAAGACGUAAGAAUAGUUCAGCUAUUUAUUUAGCUACAUUAUCUAUCACUGAUCUUAUUCUUAUAUUAUUAUUAUUAAAUUAUGAUUUAGAACGUUAUUGGUGUAUACGCGGUGUGAUUAUAAUACCGGGUAUAUGUCAAUUAUUUCAAUGUUUAUUUAUAUUUACACAAUAUUAUUCCAUUGUAUUAGUAUUUGGUUUUACAUUAGAACGUUAUUUAGCUGUAUGUUUCCCAUUUAAACGGCAUAAAUUAUGUACAACUAAAAGAGCUAUAUUAGCUGUAUUCAUUUUAUCUUUAUUUAUUAUUGGACCAACAUUAUCACAAGCUAUAUUAUGGACAUAUGAUAAUGGUGAAUGUCGUAUGCGUAUUAAUGUAGCUAUGGAUGAAAAAUUUCAAACAUUAUUAUUUGUACAAGAAGUAUUAUUUUCAUUAGUUAUACCAUUAGCUACAUUAAUAUUUAAUAUAUUAGUAUUAUGUGAAAUGAGAAGAUUAAUUAAAUCAAGUCAUUUAUUAAAAAUUUCAAAGCAUCAAUCAAUUAACUCAUCAACUAUAAAUACUACUCAUAAUGAAAAAACUAGAUUUACAUAUAAACGAUUCUUUAAACGAAGAAAAUUUAGUAAUAAUAAUCAUACUACUCAUAAUUUAAUAAGUAACACUACGAAUACUACUGAUGGUUUAAAUGAUAAUAAACGUGAUGGAUCAUUAGGAGAUGAUGGUACACCAAAUUUUAGUCCAAUUAAAACAAUACAAAUGAAUACAACACAAGAUCAUUUAACUAAGGAAUCAACUCAAUUUAUAUCGGCUACAUUAAUGUUAAUUAUAUUAUCAUUUUAUUUAAUUGCAUGUACAGUACCAACUGGUAUUAUGUAUUUAAUACAAUUUCAUUGGUUACAACCAGAUGAUUGUUUAACAGAUCAAGCUAUUCAUCAAUCAAAUGAAUGGACAAUAUUUUUUCAACGGAUAACAACUAAAGGUUUAAUUGAUGCAUUUUGUGCAUCACAUUAUGCAUGUAAUUUUUUUAUUUAUUUUCUUACAUGUAAUAAAUUUAAAAAACAAGUUAUCAAUAUUAUUAAAUGUAAAUUUAAUUAUAUUAAUUAUUAUUAUUCUGAUUAUGAUGGUACAGAUAUAUUGAUUUUAUCAAGACGUACAGCACCAAGAUCAUUACGUCAUUUAUCAGAGAAUGAUUUAACCGUAGAAACAAAUCAUAAACCAUUAUUGAUUUAUAAUACUAAUACUAAUACUACUACUAAUAAUAAUUCGAGUUAA